CUUAGCUGGCUAAGCGGCUGCAGCAUGCUCGAUUUAAAUGUCAUGUUAAACGUGUUCAGUGGGAUUGGAAGAUAUUGUUGCAGAAGUUGUGUAUGAACAUACUAAGAAAUCAUGAGAUUCGCAUAUAAGUUUUCUAAUUUGUUGGGCACAGUCUAUCGCAAAGGAGAUUUAGUAUUUUCUCCGGAUGGAUCAAGUGUUAUUAGCCCUGUGGGAAAUCGGAUAACCAUAUAUGAUUUAAAGAAUAACAAGUCUAACACGUUGCCUGUGGAGAGCAGAUACAAUUACACAACUAUAGACUUAUCCCCUAAUGGAGCUUUACUACUCGCUGUUAACGAAGAGGGUGAUUUGCAUGUUAUUAGCAUGGUUAGUAAGAUUAUAAUACACACAUAUAAAUUUAAACGACGUGUUCGAUGCAUAAAGUUUUCUCCAGAUAGUAAACAUUUUGCUGCUUGUAAAGAAAACAAUGUAUUUAUUUUUAACGCACCUGGUCUGCAAACUGGAGAAUAUAAUCCGUUUGUUAUGGAACGUGUGUAUCACGGGGCUGCGGAUGAAACAACUUUUGUUCAUUGGUCUCACGAUUCAAAAAUGAUCGCUGUUGGUUCUAAAGAUAACUCUACUAAAAUAUAUAGCUUACAAAAAUACGCGAAUUUUAGGUACAUCAGUCUUGGUAGCCACUCUGAUGCUAUUGUAGCAUGUUUCUUUGAAAAGAAAGCCUAUGAUUUGACUACGAUUAGUAGAAAUGGCCAACUUUGUGUUUGGGAUUGUACAAUCAAUGCGAAUGAUUUGGUACCUUGGGAACCUCUUGUUAAAAGAAGACAAAGAGACAGCGAUGGAGAGGAUGAUGUAGAUCUCGACAAAGCUAUAGAGAGGACGGAGAAACAAGCCAAAGCUCGUGAACGCAAUUUACAACGUUCAGAAGAUUCCGCUGAAGUGGCUACUGACGCUAAAGUUAACUCGGAGAUCAAGAAGUUUCGCUACACAAAAGUGGCGCGUCAUUAUCUAGCUAACGAUGUUCAAAAGCAAAAAAACGAGAAGGUGACGCUUACUGCAGCUGCUUAUCACCAGGAGACUGGCAUUUUGGUAGUCGGCUUUAACAAUGGUUCAUUUUAUUUGUACGAGAUGCCCGAAGUUAAUAUGAUUCACUCUCUCAGUAUAUCGAAUCAGUGUAUCUCGUCAAUUGCAAUGAAUUCGACCGGAGACUGGAUAGCUCUGGGCUGUUCCACCGCUGGGCAAUUAUUAGUAUGGGAGUGGCAGAGUGAAACUUACGCCAUGAAGCAACAGGGUCACAGUAAUAACAUGAAUUUUCUGGCAUACAGUCCGGAUGGUCAAUAUAUUGUCACUGGUGGUGAUGAUGGGAAGGUGAAGUUGUGGAAUACGCUCAAUGGAUUCUGUUCUGUUACAUUUCACGAACACACUUCCUCCGUGACCAAUGUUUUAUUUAGUCAUAAUAGAAGGUUUAUUGUCUCAGCUUCGCUAGACGGAACAGUUAGAGCCUACGAUUUGGCGAGGUACAGGAAUUUUCGAACUCUUACCUCACCGCGACCAGUUCAAUUCUCCUGCGUUGCGUUAGACUCAAGCGACCAGUUUAUUGCUGCAGGAGGCCAGGAUUUUUUUGAGAUUUAUCUAUGGAGCGUUAAACUGGGCACACUUUUGGAGAUAAUGAGCGGGCAUGAAGGUCCAGUAGUCAGCCUAGCAUUUAAUCCAAAUCCUGCCAGCACAGAAAUGGCGUCUGUGUCCUGGGACAAAACGUUGAAGAUAUGGAACGCGAUUGAAACUGGAUCUUCUCAUGAAACAAUAAAGUUAACAGCAGAUGGUUUGUACGUUACUUACAAACCAAAUGGCGAAGAAGUAGCAGUUGCUACUUUGGAUGGUCAGAUUUCGUUUUUCAAUUGUAAAACAGCGGUGCAGAUUGGUAGUAUCGAAGGGAAAAAUGAUUUGGGAAGUGGGAGAUCUGAAAUCGACCUUAUUACGGCGAAGAAGAACCUGCAGGGGAAAGCUUUUAAUACUUUAUGUUAUUCUGCCGAUGGGACGUGUAUACUGGCUGGUGGAUUGUCUAAGAACAUAUGUAUCUAUAAUGUUCAAGAGUACAUGCUCAUUAAAAAAUUCGUUAUAACUCAAAACAGGUCUUUUGACGCAGUUGAUGAUAUUAUAAACAGAAGAAAGUUGACAGAAUUUGGUAAUCUAGCAUUAGUAGAAGAACGUGAAGAAAAUGAAGGUGGAAAUGUAACCUUGCGAUUGCCAGGAGUGAAGAGCGGCGACAUGGCAAGCAGGAACAUGAAACCGGAAGUCAGAGUGUAUAGUUUACAGUUUUCUCCAACAGGGCAAGCAUGGGCUGCGGCUACUACUGAAGGUCUCCUGAUAUAUUCUUUAGAUGUUGGCAUGGUGUUCGAUCCAUUCGAAUUAGAAUUGGGAAUCACUCCGGAGACUGUGAAAAUGACUUUGAACGAAAAAGAGUACACUAAAGCACUGUUGAUGGCUAUAAGAUUGAAUGAAAAGCUGUUAAUAAAACGAGUCUUGGAAAACAUUCCGUCUGUAAACAUUGAUUUAACUGUUGCUGCACUGCCUGACAUUUACGUAGAGAAAGUAUUAAAGUUCGUGGCGGCGGAAUUAGAAUCAUCGAAGCAUAUACACUUUUAUCUCCUCUGGGUAGAAUCCAUACUAACCACUCAUGGUCCCAGAAUAAACACAACCCUCCAAAUGCCGAUCUUACUGAUGCUACAGAAGAACAUGCAAAAGAAAUACGAUGAACUGAGUAAAAUGUGCGAUUUCAAUCACUAUACGAUAAGUUAUUUAAUGGAGUUGGGAAAACACAAAGCUGAAAGAUCGAUUUCCAAUAAUGAGAAAGCACAAUCAGAAGAUUCUUCAUCUGAUUUUGAUGAAUCAGUCGAAUUAAUGGAAAUUGACUAGAUGAUAAGUAUGAUCACAUUGCUUCACAUGUACAAAGUAAUAUAGGUCUCUUGAUAUAAAUAUACUUAAUUUCAUACAGAUUUUAUUUACAUAAUUAAAUGCGUAAUUAUUUACAUAAUUAAAAUAUUUACAAGCGUUUUCUUGCUUACAGUGUUACCAUUGAACUAGACAAUAUAUUUGUACCAUAGGUUUUACCAUAAUUAUGAAAUACUGUGCCUAACAUACCAUGCAAUGGAAUGAAUCACUUGACUUCAUAAAAUUUUCUAAUAAUAAUUUUCAUAGAUCUACCUGUUAGUGUUACGUGGUUUUUUUAAGCAACAAUAUUGGCCAGUACAAAAUGGAGAACAACAAAAACAGUAUGGGGAAGCCUAUUCUACUAUAGGUGUCGAUUACUUGCGACCGCGUUUUGUGCACUCUUAUCAUUUGACACUCUGAAUCCAACCAUGUAGAUUGUAGCAGAUGUCUGCUACCAACCUUUUUCUUUUUCAUUUUUGGAAUGUACGGCGAAUCGUAGUCCCAAAUGCUUUGGUAUUUAUCCAUGGUGACCAGCCGCUAAAAAAUGACGCAUAAACAUGUUCAAUCAGAAUUAGUAAUACA